AUGGACCACCGCCAACGAAGACCGAACAACAAGUACAUCACUACGACGGCUGCAAUAAGUCUGUUGGAACUGGAAGCCUCUUCGGCAUCAUCCACUCCCAUGACUUCUCCACAUCCCAACAACAAUAUUAGUACUGGUACUCCCCAGUAUGAACGACCCAUGGUUUCCGUCAUGAAGCGGUCCAAAUCGUCACCACCGGCUCCACCCCGAACAUUUCCACCCGAUACAUCCUCUACUACGACAUCUCCUACUACUAGUGGUAGUAAUCCACAAGAUCAUCAACAAUCCGUGUUACCACAGCACCAUCCGUCUCCACCUCCACGACGUCAAUCUCCAUUUGAUGCUACAUUUGAUACUACUACUUCGUUACAACACCAAUCCUCUCGUGACUACAAUUCCGACUACGACAAUAAUAGUUACAAUCAUCGAUUACGGAACAUUCCCAAGGCAUUCACGACGGCCGAUUUGGAUCAACACAUUUUACGCGGUCUCACACUAGCGGGCGUUGUGUUGUGUUGUCUGGAUACACUCUUUGGAUUGUUUCACGUCGAUUUGUUUUUACGGGCAUAUCAUUUGCCGUUGACGACCUACAGUUUUGGACGCAUUGUCUUCUCUGCGUGUAGUACGGCAUCGACACUUUGGGCCGUCGGAUGGUUGGAUUCGCAAGUGGCCAGUCGCAAAUUGGAUCGAUCCGAUCUGGUCGGGUGUUUGGGGGUCCUAUUGUCGAUUUCCUUUGUCUUGUUGUUUGGACGAUUCUGGAAUUCACACUACUUGCAACUGCAUGACAAAGACGGCAAUAGUAGUCUGGAAGACGACGAUCCACAGCCACAAUCUACUCCUACAAGUACAUUCCAAUACUUUGGUUGGCAACUACUGGAUGGAGCUCAUUUUGUAUUCUCCAUGACACUCUACGAUACCGCAUCGACCAUCAUGACCAUUUCACUUGCCAGUGCCGUUUCGGACGAUCACAACAUGACCGAUCAAGAACGAGUACAAAACAUGUCAUCUAGUCAAGCGUACAAUCUCAUUGCCUCGGUCAUUGUUGCCACGGUUGGAGUGCAUUUAUUCGACACGACGGCAUUGCGGACAUUUCAAUGCUUUGUCAUGGCCAUUGCGUUCCUUUCCAUUACUACCUUUGGAACCGCACAGGGAAUCAUUUCCGGACAACAACAACAGAGACGAAACUCACCAGCGUCACCACGAAAACAACCACAACCAUCCGAGCCCUUUUGGAAAACGCUCCUCCAGAGUUGUUGCAAAGGAUGGACCGUCGCCAUUCCCAAGGAAAAGAAAACUCGAAUCUCUCAUCCACAACAACAACACAACUCUACUACCAAUUCCAAUACCAAUACAACCACAAACAACCCCAUCAAUUGGCGUCAAGCCAUGCAAGAUUUGUGGAAUCAUUCCAAUUUCCGACGAUGGAUCGUACUCGAAAUGCUGCUCGAAAUGCAAACACACUUCGUCCAAACAUUCUUCAAAACAUUCGUCGAUCAACUCCUUGUCGAUGUGCCACAUGUUGUCAGUGAUUGGUCGUUGACGCUGUUACGGCCGCUCCAGCAAGUCAUGACACUAUUAUUCUACAUUCCCAUUCGAUGGUACGGAUAUCCCCGUGUCUACACCGUCAUGAUUGCCAUCUUGUGGGGUCUGUCCAGUAUCACACUCCUGCUAGCGACACCGGCGUCGACGGCAUGGAUCUUGUGUUUUCUUGUCAUUUAUGCCGUGGGAAGUGAAGCCUUGCGAGCGGCAGGAUUCUAUCUCUGCGUCUCCGAUCUGGUACUGGAACUCAAACAAUAUCAUGCCCAACAACGACGUGUCAAUGAACCAUCUCUCGCCGGACUCCUACUCGGGGCCGCCACACUGAUUUGCAAACCCAUGCAAUCGUUAUUACCAAUCUUGGCAGCCACGUUGUUGGAUCUCUAUCCCUAUCGGCCACAGCAAGUCCUGUACUAUCUACUGGUGUUGCCACCCUUUGUGUGUUCGAUUCUGCAACUCUGGGUAUGGUCCUAUUUCGAUCUUCAUCCCAAACGAACGCACGAACUACGAGUGGAACUGCAAGAAUUUCAUUUCUAUCAGAGUCAAAAAGAUCAACAGAAGCUGUCAUCGAGUGACUUGAACAACCACUUGUACCAUCACGACGAAGUCUUGGUGUCUCGUCAAGACCAUCAUCAUCGGGGCGCGGAAGGUGCCUCCAAACGACGGGGACCAGCAGGAGGGAGCAUGGUGGAUGCCAACACGGGGCGCCUGACGGCUAUAAUAUGA